AACGAAGCAUGUACAAAACGUUUUAAUGUUAGUUGACAUUGUGCUGACAUCGUGGGCUCUCGAACAACUGUAAUCAUACCUAUAGUUAACCUAUAUAUUGCAUGCACUGAUUGCGUUUUAUAUUUAUUAACACCAUGCAGUUUGUGGCAACGGAGCAUCAACAUAGACGCCUUAAUCCAUUGACUGGUCAAUGGGUGCUGGUGUGUCCGCAUCGCAUGCUGCGACCUUGGUCGGGUCAAGAGGAGGCGGCACAAAAGAACGAGCUGCCCGAAUUCGAUCCCAACAAUCCCCUUUGUCCAGGAGUAAAACGUCCCAAUGGCAUUCAAACACCCGCCUACACCAGCACCUAUGUAUUUGACAAUGACUUUCCGGCACUGCUUGAAGAAGUGCCCUCGCCGCCAACUGGCGAUGAUCCACUUUUCCAAACAGCACCUGCCCGCGGAACUUGCCGUGUGAUGUGCUUUCAUCCGAAGUCAAAUCUAACCCUGCCCACCAUGAGCCUCACGGAAAUAGGAGUUGUUAUCAAUGAAUGGAUCAAUCAAUUCAACGAGCUGAGUACCAAAUAUGUGUGGGUGCAAAUCUUUGAGAACAAAGGCGCCGCCAUGGGCUGCUCAAAUCCGCAUCCACACUGUCAAAUCUGGGCAUGCUCGUUUUUGCCGACAGAACCACAAGUUAAGCACGAACGCCUACGAUCCUACUACAUUACUAAUGAACGCCCAUUGCUCAGCGAUUAUGUGGAGCGUGAGGUGGAACGACGUGAGCGUAUUGUCAUCGAGCAUAAGGAUUGGUUGGUGGUAGUGCCCUAUUGGGCAGCCUGGCCAUUUGAAACCAUGAUCAUAUCGCGGAACAAUAACAAGCGCAUCAAUGACCUGACUAAGGAACAGCGUGAAAGUCUGGCCUGGACAAUUAAGCAGUUAACUACCAAGUACGACAAUUUGUUUCAAUGCUCCUUUCCCUAUUCUAUGGGCUGGCAUGGUGCUCCCACAGGCGCUGAAAACGCAAAUUCAUCCACUGCCCAUUGGACUCUGCAUGGAAUCUAUUAUCCACCGUUAUUACGUUCGGCAACAAUUCGAAAGUUCAUGGUGGGAUUUGAGCUGUUGGCUAUGGCACAGCGAGACUUAACAGCUGAGCAGGCCGCUCAAAGAUUGCGAGAAGUAGAUGGUGAUAGACACUAUCUUACCAAGUGAUAUAAUUCCGAAUUUCUUGAUUCCAAAUGGCACUUAUGUAUAAAUUGUGACUCUACACUAAAUAAAAUCAAUAAAAAUGUUGUCUUUUUUAAAUGUA